AUGGCCUCCGGUGCGGCUGCCACGGACGGCUUUCUCCGCUGCUUCUACGACGGGUGCCUCGCGGGGUGCGAUGACGCCAAAGAGCGCCGCCCCUACCACCGCAACUGUGGCUGCGCGCUACAUAAGCCCCGAGGCGACUCUCCCCCCUGCUCUCAUCGCUUCAGCAGCCUGUCCUACCCAAUCCGAAAGUCGUGGAGCGAGAGCUGCCUGUCCCUCAUGGUGUCGUCCUUGUCGUCGUCGUCGUCCCCGUGCUCCUCCUCUCCAUCCUCCUCGCCGGCGAUUCAGGCCUCUGCUACGUCCCGGCUGGUGUGGUGCAACUUCGACGGACAACUCCAAGAAGAUAAAUAUUAA